AUGAGUCUUCACUCCAAGGAGCCGUCAGCAGAAGAAUUGAAGCAGCUCCGACAAAAAUACGAACAAGCUGGACAAGGCCAGGUUUUCGCCUUCUUCGAUGAACUGAACUCUGCCGAAAAAGCCCAGCUCUUCCACCAGCUCUCUACGUUUGAUCCUGACCGCAUCAAUAUCCUUGCUAGUCGUGCCACUCAAUCCCAGGAAGCAUCAGCAGACACUGGCUCCGGUAAACUCGAUCCGCUCCCAGACAAUGCCACUGCGUCUAUACUCGAUUCCGAUCCUACUGAUAUUCAGCGAUGGUAUGAUGAGGGCCUGCAACUGAUUGCAGAGAACAAGGUUGCUGUUGUUCUCAUGGCUGGAGGGCAAGGGACUAGAUUGGGAAGUUCUGCACCAAAAGGAUGCUACGACAUUGGCCUUCCAAGCGGAAAGUCGUUGUUCCAAAUACAGGCUGAGAGGAUUGCGAAGUUGCAGUCUCUAGCCGAAGCGAGCUCCGGUAAAAAGGGCGUUGUGAUCCCUUGGUAUGUUAUGACCAGUGGGCCUACGCGGAACCCUACAGAAGAAUUCUUCCAGAAACAUAGCUACUUUGGAUUGAAGAAGGAGGAUGUGUUUAUUUUCGAGCAAGGAGUUUUGCCGUGCAUUUCAAAUGAAGGGAAAAUUCUCCUAGAGAGCAAAGCGAAGGUUGCGGUUGCCCCUGACGGUAACGGUGGCAUCUACCAAGCUCUCUUGACUUCAGGUGUCCGGGAUGAUAUGAAAAAGCGUGGGGUUGAGCAUAUCCAUGCCUAUUGCGUUGACAACUGCCUUGUCCGUGUAGCUGACCCCGUAUUCAUCGGGUUCGCGGCGUCUAAAAAGGUCGAUAUUGCAACUAAAGUUGUUCGAAAGCGUAAUGCUACAGAAUCUGUCGGCUUAAUUCUUUUGAAAAAUGGGAAGCCGGAUGUUGUGGAGUACUCAGAAAUUGAUAAGGAAACCGCGGAAGCUAAGGACACCAAGAACCCCGAAAUUCUAAAGUUCCGGGCAGCAAACAUUGUGAACCAUUACUAUUCAUUCAACUUCUUCGAGACGAUUGAAAACUGGGUGUCCGAUCUUCCACAUCACGUCGCCCGCAAGAAGAUUCCCUGCGUUGACACAAACACCGGGGCCACCAUCAAACCAGAGAGGCCGAAUGGAAUCAAGUUGGAGCAGUUUGUCUUCGAUGUUUUCCCAUUAACGCCACUUGCAAAGUUCGCCGCUAUUGAGGUCAGGCGUGAGGACGAAUUCUCGCCCUUGAAAAACGCAAGGGGAACUGGGGAGGAUGACCCCGAUACUAGCAAACAUGACAUUAUGAAACAAGGCCAACGGUGGAUCGAGGCCGCUGGAGCCACUGUCACGUCCGAACCCAACAGUGCUCCUGGUGUGGAAGUUUCUCCAUCUAUCAGCUAUGGCGGGGAAGGACUUAAUUUCCUCAAAGGCAGAACCAUCAAAGCUCCGGCUCUGAUUGAGAGUGAAGACGUAAAUGCUUAA